AUGGCACGAGCACACCGGGUCGCCGUUCUUUCUUUGCUUUCAAUCGCGCUCUACGUUCUCGUCAUGCUUCAACUCUUCUCCAUUCCCUUUGUCGACGACGCAGUAGUGCAGGAGAUCAUUCCAGUGUUUCCAUGGUGGCUGUUGGUGUCGUUUGGGUCGUAUUCACUGUGGUCGUUGGGAUGGGGGUUGUGGACGUUUAGGGAUUGCCCAGAAGCGUAUACUGAGCUCAUGGCUGAGAUAUCGCAAGCCAAAAACGAGCUCAGAGUGAAGGGUGUUACUGUGGAUUAG